CAGUCGCGUCGCAUCACCGCCCGAGCACCCUCGCCGCGCCACUGUCCGGAGGCUCUCCCUCACAAUAACAACACGCGCGCGAUCCGCCGCCCUGCUCCGACCUCUCGCAUUUAGUGCCGGUAGCGUGUGCAGUGCCACCACGUGAACCUUUCUUCAGGAACGAUAUGUGAAUAACAAAGUCUUUGUGUCCGCUCUCAUUGGAGCAAUGCCUCGUUAUCGCACAGCGCGCAAAAUGAAAUAGUAAGAGUGAUCGGUAACCCCCGGCAUGAGGUCGGGGGAGGGCGAGGGCUCCGAGCUGGCGGAGUUCGGCGCGCGCUGGCCGCCGCCCUACGCGCAGGGCUACGGCUGGCGCUCCGCCACCCCCCAGCACCCGCCCGCGCACCACCUCGCGAGACAUUCGCGCUCGCAGCAGGAUAACCGUCAUACCAGCUACGAGGCGGAAGACGCGCGGGCGCGGGCGCGUGGUGGUGUGUACUACUCUCCACCAGGCACCUCAUACACUAUAGUGGAGCGGCCGGCUUCCUCGCACGGCCACCACGCGCCAUACUCGCAGCAUCACUACCCGGGGAAGCUUUCAAGAGCACCUUAUCUCGGGUCUUCAAAUAUUGCUAACAGUGCAGGAGCAACUAGUCUACGUAAUAGUACGAAUCAUCUAAGUGCAAAUGGGAAGAAGAGACCGAUAUCACCGGAGCAAGUACUCCGGCUGUUCGGUCAAGGGGGAGCCGCAGCGUUGGGCAAGGCCUUACCUCCGUCGCACCCACCGGCACCUUUGCCAGCACCUCUACCAGCACCAUUGCCAGCGAGGCGGCAUUCACCGGCUAGCAGUCCAAGCAGUACAACUCAUCAUGCUAUAUACCGGGGCGAGCGGGACAGGGAGCGGCCGUAUUCUUCCGGAGGUGCGCCGCCGCCGCCGGUGGAGCCUUCCACGCGGACCGUUACUAUGAGCCGCGACCCUGCAGACUCGCAUGGCUUCGGCAUCUGUGUCAAGGGUGGGAAGGAAGCAGGUGUAGGUGUAUAUAUAUCUCGGGUGGAAGAGGGUUCGGUGGCGGAACGGGCGGGUCUUCGCCCCGGGGACUCCAUCCUGCAAGUCAAUGGGACUCCUUUCUCAGGAAUAUCUCACGAAGAUGCGCUUAAAAUGUUAAAAUCAUGUCGGCAACUGACGAUGGUUGUUCGGACAGCGGGAGCAUUAGUGGGACGGGCAUCAUGUUCAUGGAUGGAUCGCUACGGGAGACCAGCUUCACCGCCAGCACAGCGACCCUUGCGGUCCGCUAGCAAAGAUCGCUCAAUAAGGAGGGUGGAUUUAUGUAUUGAGCCGGGACAAUCACUGGGUCUGAUGAUCCGGGGCGGGCUGGAGUACAACCUGGGAAUCUAUAUCACCGGGGUGGACAAGGACUCCGUCGCGGACAGAGCGGGGCUUAUGGUUGGUGAUCAAAUAUUAGAAGUGAAUGGACAAUCGUUUGUGAACGUGACGCACGACGAGGCGGUUGCGCAGUUAAAGUACCACAAACGUAUGUCUUUGCUCGUAAGGGAUGUUGGAAAAGUUCCCCAUGCUUGUACUGCUUACGGAGAGAGGGACGCUGCCCCCAGAAUAAGUGGCUGGGGAAAACGAAGAGGGGCAGCAGCGACCGCCGUGGAACAGAAAGCCAAGUCGCUUCUACCACAGAGCGACAUACCGGCGCUAGCUUACUAUAUGGAAGAGUACGCAUCAAGACGUCUCACUCCAGAUGCCUUCUUGACAGUGCUAAGAGAUCUGCUGGAUACGCCACAGAAGUAUUCCCUUUUGACGGAAAUUCGAGAAUUUCUGCUUCCGGAGGACCGGCCGCGGUUCGACGAACUUGUAUACAGACGCCCCGAGGAUGGAACGGACCAUCAUUUGAAGCGGGGGAGUGAGAGACAUAUGCUGCCUUCUUCCACAAUGCACGAACUUCAUGAUCCGGAGGUGCCGGCAGAAGUACCUCUGGUGGUCGACCACCGCUCGCCCUCCGAAGACUCCGGUUUGGGUCUACCACCCCACGACCAAGCUUACAGGAGCGGGCGUGCCUGGCGCGCUGGAGACCCGCCGCCACCGGACGACGAGCUGGAGCCUCCGCCCGAGGAGUUCGAGGAGGAGGGUGGACAUUCUAGAAGACAUUCAUCCCCAUGUAAUUCGAGAGAGGGCAGUACAACAGCUCUGCAUACGCAACAUUACGACGAUACUGAAUUGGCCCACAAGUUGUCACGUAGCUUCGACAUGAAAGAAGAAGGUGGUGCUUUACUUGAGGAUCGAGGUGGGAUCCGCAGGCACCAGUCUAUGCAGCGCCUGCAACAUGGGGAAGCGCCGAUCGACGAAGGCAGAGCAGCGAGAGUCGUACCAGACCACCAUGGAAAUCUACACAUCUCUGUGAAGAAGACCAAACCUAUCCUUGGCAUCGCGAUCGAAGGUGGUGCCAACACUAAGCAUCCGUUGCCUAGAAUAAUCAAUAUACAUGAGCAUGGUUCAGCGUACGAAGCUGGAGGGCUGGAAGUGGGACAACUAAUUUUGGCGGUAGACGGGCAUCGAGUAGAAGGGAUGCAACAUCAGGAAGUUGCUCGACUCAUUGCUGAAUCAUUCGCGCAAAGGGAUAAACCGGAAAUUGAGUUUUUAGUCAUUGAAGCAAAGAAGUCGAACCUGGAACCAAAGCCGACAGCCCUUAUUUUUUUGGAGGCCUAACAUCUACUCUCCCUCCCCGCCAGCGACCCUCCAGCCGCGCUGGGCAUCGCGAUGCCGGAGGUCGACCUCACCGCGCACACCACGGAAUAGCCAACUCUAACCUGCGCUGCCAUAUGCUCUUCUGAACGUCUUUUCGAAUCUGAACGCUUCUCGCGUUAAUCUUCAACUGUCAUUGGACACUCUCGACGCUGUAUCGACUUUAUCGAAAACCUCGUGUGAGAGUGUCGAGCGAUUAGCGAUUUCGAUUUAAAAACGUUCGCUCUACAGAGGAUAUUACGUCGAAAUAGAUGAUGAAUGUUAAUAAAGUCAACUAUUCCUAUCCUGACGUUGCAACGGACUGAAAUGAGAAAAACGCAGGUAUCUAUUUUAAAGUAGGCUAUACAAAAUUAAUGGCACAAGGGAGGCGAAUAAACUUUAUAUUAUAAAAUUGAUAUUUGACAACAAUUAUGCAGAAACUUGAAAAAAUAUUUUCCAAGUACACUGCCUAAAAACAUAACGGAAUAAAUUAAAUUUGUAAUAAAAACGUCCCACUUUUGCCCCUUUUGAAUUUUGGGAUUUUACGGAUAGUAUCAAAAUUUUUUGAAAUUCUUUUCUAGGAAGUAGUAUUACCAAUUUUACCGGUAGUCUGUGACUGAAUUUUAUAAGAAAAAUCAUACUUUUAACUAUUGUAAUUUAUGACAUCAAAUCAAAAUCACAUUUGAAUAAGUCACAAUUAAAAACUGCAGUUAGGCACGUCUGAUACAAUCUGCAAAUUAUUUUAUAGGAAUAGAAUUUGAAAAAACGAAGGUAACAUUAGAUAAGCUAAUAUGCAAUAGAUUGGCAUCGGUGCUAUGAAAACUAAACUUUCAACAGUCGAUCCUCGGAUAGUCUCAAUUUGUAGUGGUCACUAGUUCGACGUGUAGAGCUUACUUCGGCGCGUACAUUGCAUGUCAUGGCGUCAUCGGUUCACUUACGUCAUCCAUGUGCCAUCAACGUUGCAGUCAAUUCAGAGCAAAGCACUCGUGUCAUCUCAUCGCAGGUCGUUGUACCGACAGUAUAAGUACGAGUAGAGAAAAGCCCUAGGGGCCAUCAUCUUGUCAUCAGUAGAGCAGAGCUUGCAGCACGCGGCGCACUCCUAAGCAAGCUGUAUUACUAGUAUUGGCUUUUUACCAUUUUAAGAAUUUUAUCUGACUUUACACUUUGCUUUUCAAUUUUGUUUUUUAUUCUAAAAUCACACCAAAUAAGAUUAAAAAUACUAAAUCAUUAGUAUUUUAUUUAUAUUAUUAGUCAUGUUAAAAAAAUUACAUUAAUUUCAUUUACUUAGUUCAGUUUGCUUAGCGUAUUAGAACUAAAAGUGCGCCAAACAUGUCAUUCCAUUGGUAGUUAAGCGGUGAGUUAAGGGAUUUAUGGCGGAGAGGGAUUUUAGCCCACUCUUCAUUUACUGAAUACGUAGAUCAUAAGUAAAUGUGUGCAGUAUAAUCAAUUUUUAUGUUAGAUGAUAGUUGAACAAAUUGGCUUUAUAUUAUAGUAGUUCGCAACUAAAGAAAACACAGUCGAAAAUCAUUUAUAGAAUUUUGGGAUUAUUAUUCGUCUUAAAAAUAAAAGAAAUAUACAAGUGAAUAAAUUAUUAAUUAAUCCACUAUUAUAAAUAUGCUUAUAUAAAUUAAUACUAUUAAUAUUAUUAUAAAUAUAUGUAUAUACAUAUGAACUAAAACUACAAAUAUUUACACAAUAUAAAACGUUAUGAUUUAUCUGCCAUUUCUUGUAACAUUAAUGUUGCAAUAUCUAACAUCGAUGUUUUGUAAAAUUAUAUAAUAUAUAUUUAAUUAAACUAUAAACAUAAAAGUGGGUAAAUUAAAAAAUUGAUUUUUAUGUAUAUAAAUAUUACUUGAAUUGACUUGACGUUAUAUGUGACCUCGAAUAUAUUCGUCUAUGCAUAGAUGUCAAUGUGUUUCGCUAAAGCUUUUUAAUCUGUACAGCUGCUCUGUAGAUAUUGUAUCGUUAAUUAUACAAUCCCACUUGUAUCUAAAUCUUGUAAAUUUAUAUAAUGUAACCUCUUCAGAUUGUUUUAUCUAAAUGCAUUUAACGUUGUAAAUAUACUGAAAUAUCUAACCGUAAGGUGUAAAUAUAAAGUUUGAAUGUAUUGUAAAAAGAUAUAAUUAUAUCUCAUGAAGUUAGUGCCAAAGCGUACAUACCCUCAAUUAUUUCUGUACAUUGUGAAAAUAACGGCAGAUACCAACAUAACUUUUGUUACGUAACGCGUAAGGGUGCGAACAUAUUAGUGAAUGUAUUUAGUGAACUGAUAAUGAUAAAACACGAUUGUCUUGUAACAUGAAACUUCAUUAAUAUGUACGCACCUUUAGUAAAGCUUAUUCCAUAUACGCUUAAAAUUUAGAAUUUGAUAAUAUCUUCUAUAACUAGAAGCAGUUUAUUGUUCACAAUUACUUUUAAAAUUUAAUUUCAAUGCAAAUAUUUUUAUGUGUUUUAAAGG